AUAAAAUAAAAUAGUACGUUACGCAAAAUCACAAUCAAAAUGUCAGAAUAUAUCCCACUGGAAGUUCAGGAGGAGAUAUGGAAAAGGCUUCCUGUGAAGCCAUUGAUUCGGUUCCGAUGGGUCUCAAAACCAUGGAAGUCUUUGAUCGACAGCCCUGGAUUUAUUGCGGCUUACGGUGUCCGCGAAACUCACCCGAAUUGUUUGAUUUUAAGGUACAAAGAUAAAACUGAUGGUAAGGAAAAAUAUUUAAUAUUUGUAGAUAACGAAAAUGAUCAUAGUUUUACCAGACAAGAUUUUGUUCCCACUGUUCCUGACCUCAUUAAGACACUCGGGUCUUCAAGUGUAGUCGGUUUGUUGUGCUUUACCGGUUAUUAUUAUAAAUAUCUAGAUGGUCAUUUUUGCAAGGUGAUAGUAGAUCGUUUACAAAGCUCUACACCAUUAACCUACCAGAUAACAGAGAUGGUUGUUCUUUGGAAUUUGUCGAUCAGUAAAUCCAUUGGUAUUGAAGUACCGUGUAUGGGUGGUUUGCCGAUUAAUCAUGUUAUUGGUUUUGGGGUUUGUCCUCACACUUUGGAUCCUACUAUCCUCAAAAUUGAAAUUUUUCGCAUUGGCAGCCCUUGUAAAGUUGAAGUUUUUACUUUGAACACUGGGACUUGGAGCAUUCUAUCUACCAAUCUCAACAGCGGAUCAUUUAGACUUUUUGGGUCUCAAGUUGUUGUCGGAAGGUUUAUUUAUUGGCUUGCUUUGGAUAAGCUUGUUGCUGAAGAUGGUUUCAAUUUUCAACCAAAUUCACAGAAGAUGAUCUUGUCGUUUGACUUGACUACCAAAGAAUUUAAAGAGAUAAUAAAUCUUUCAGAUAGUUUAACUCGCCCGCUUUGUCGAAUUCAGACUAUAUCUAAGCUACGGGAGUCUCUUGUUUUGCUUGAAUACCAUAGAGAGUUUGAGGAAGACCUAUUAGUUCGUUCUUUAUGGAUGAUGAAGGAGCAGGGUCUUAAUAAAUUGUUUACAAAGCUAUACAACAUCAACUUGCUACCGGAUCUCACGAUAAACAAAAUACUAGGAUUUAGGAAGACGGGUGAACUAAUAUUGGAGACACUAAAAGGCUUUGAAGGGCAUGCCGAAGUUCAAAUUUACGAUCCCAACUCAGAAACCAUUGAUAAUAUUGCGCUUUUAGGAGUGGAGUGCCGCUUCUUCAUGUGUUCUUAUAUGGAAACAACACUUUUGCUUGAUCAGUUAAAUGGUUUUAUUUAUUCGAUCAGUCACUGA